GAUCAUCAAUUCACAUCAAUCUACCAUGAUCAAUCCAAAAUAUUUGUUAUAAGAUUUUUUUGACCGAAAGAAAAGCGAAGGAAGUUUUUUUUAUAAAUAUAUUUAUAGAAGCUUCUCUGCUCUGUGAAUUUAUAAGAUUACUAUUUUUAAAAAUAAGUAAUCAAAAUUAAAUGUACUGUUCCAGAAUAAGUAUUUAUUAACUACUAUACCUUCUCAUCUUCGUUUUAAAAUAGUUCAUUUCGUCGUUUACUGAACUCAAUAUGACUGACAGCAGCUUGAAACGUAACUUCGUUACAGAAGCUGAAGUAGAAGCUCUUAAACAGAAACGUCAAGAAGAGUGGGAAAAAGUUCGAAAACCUGAUGAUCCCUUAGAGGCCCCUGAAGAAGAAUAUGAUCCUCGUUCUCUUUAUGAACGAUUGCAAGAGCAAAAAGAUAAAAAGGAAAUGGAACUUGAAGAGAGCCGUCGUUUGAAGAACCUCAUCCGGGGAUUAGAUGAUGAUGAAGUGGCCUUCCUAGAGUUAGUUGAUCAGACGAAAAUUGAAAUGGAAACAAAACUUUGGGAGGAAGAACGAAAAGAAAUUCAAGAAUUCAGGCGAGCAGUAACCAACCUCACGGAAGAGGAACGGGAAGUAAAGCUUCAGCAUUUGCGACAAGCUCUAAAUUUGCCAAAAAGUGGUGCAAAUAAAAAGUCACAGCAUGCUUUACUGGCAGGGGUCUUAAAAAGGAAAGCAUCAAGUUCUUCUAACAGUCCUGACAAAAGUGAAGGAAAAGAAAACGAUGCUAAGCGGCCUCAUCUCCAAAUCCAUGAAUCACCAGUCAAAGCUCUGCAGAAUCAGAAAUCUAACAUCAUAUCAUGCCUCGGCGUUCUUCCAGGACUUGGCGUUUAUUCCGACAGCAGUGAUUCCGACAACUCUUCUGAUUCAGAGAUAGAUCCUAAAGAUCUUGAUUAUGGUUUGUUGGGGAGGAGGAAUGCGGAAGUUGUACAGGCUGCUGCACAUGAGCAGCAACGAUAACUGAAAUGACUGAAUGGUUUAUGAAGUUUGUUUGUUUUUUCAAUGGAUUAUGUUGAUAAAUCUUUACACUGGGUUGUCACUCCACAGGGAAAAUACGGGGAAUUUUUAAAUCACCUAAGAUAACAGGGAAAAUGCAAGGAAUUUUGUUUCUUACAUGGUGCGUAGCGUUUUUAAAAAGUGCUUAAAGGUGCUUUUUUCAUUGGGUGUUUUUAAAAAGUGCUUAAUUUACCGUUUUCCAAAAUGAAUUUUUUUUUCUUCACCAUGUCGAUUUUUGCCAUGUAUUAUGCAAAGGCGUGCUUUUCACGUUUUUUAUUCAGCGUUUUCACAAUUCAUUCAACUACAAUCUAUUUCGACGCCCUGUCGGUGAGAUUCUUGCACUCUCAUGUGCAAUUCUGCUGCAUUUUGCAAGAUAUUCUCAAUUUCCGGCUUCAUUUUCCUCCCUCUGAAAUCGAACUGAAAAAUCUCUCUUUUUAUGGUGGUUAGUAGUAAUCAAGAAAAAAAACUUAUUUGUCAGAAACUAGUUAUUUUAUCAUAAGCGUGUAAAGUCUUUGAAAAUUAUUUUAGAUUUUGUUAAUGUGUAUAGUACUUAAAAAUAUUUUUGAGUGCUAAAAAAGUACUUAAAAGGUGCUUAUUUUUUGUUGAAAGAUUUGGCUACUCACCCUGUCAAACAUAAUCCAUGAUAUAUUUAAGAUGAUAUUUCAGCUAUAUUAAACUAGUUCAUUUACUAGAGCAUUAUUUGUUUUAAGUAUGUUCAGUUUUUUUCUUCAAGUUUUUCCAUCAAUUAUAACUAGCAUAGUUAAAUGGAACUCAUACCACUCAUACAAGAGCACAUUGAUUGUGUGCUUCCUCUUUAUAUUGUGUAUAAUAGGGGUACACAACCGUUUUGAGUGGAGGGCCUCUUUCACUGCAGGUAGAUUAACGAAGGUCCGCACGCAUAUUUAGUCACAUUUGCGGCAAAUAUGAUAAUUUUUAUAAAAACAUUAGUGUUCUAAGCGCUAAAUAUUUUCAUCUGUAAACUUAAUAACAUAUUUGCAGAAAAUUAAAUACUUUUAAUUAUUUGAAUUAAUUUAAAACUAAAAAAACUAUUUCCAAUUUUUACUAUCAUCAAUUUAUCAAAUAUAUGCAUAUAUACAUAAAUAUUAGGGAGUGUAUAAAUUCUAACCAAAAAGAAGCUUGCGGAAUGUAAGUUGAAAAGAUAUACAUAUUUUAUAGAAUGAUAAAAAUUUGAAUUUAAGUUUAAUAAAACGAAAUUAAAAUAAAUUGUUUUGUUACAUUCAGAAGUUUUCAUGGGCCGCACGUCAACCGUUGGCUGGCCGCAUGUGGCCUGCACUCCUAGUGUAUAAUAUGUACAAGAAAAAUGCAGUGAAUUUUUUCCCCGUAUUUGAGUGGCAACCCCAUUACAGUUUAGUGUUUCGAUUAAUUAUUGUGUUCUGCAUUGACAACAAAACUGUUAGUGUAUGUAUUAAAAAAAAAACGAUCUUUCUUCAGAAUUCUUAUGAUCCCUAAAGUAGUUUUAGUUAAAGUACGAAAAUAAGGUAUUUUUUGUAAUAGACUCAUAUUCACCUCCACACCAUGUAUCUAGUUGUGAAAUGAGCUAGAAUGCAUAUUUAAUGUUAAAAUUGAAAGCUAAUGAAAAGAACUUAGUUAAUUUUUCAUUACAAUAUUGGCACCAUUUCUUUAAAUUUGAAGAGCAUAUCAACCUUGUUUUUUUUUAGUAACUUCAAAAAAAUAUUGUAUUUAGUGAUUGCAAAGCUAUGCAUUUCCUCCAAAAUUGUCUUUUGAAAUGUGUGUUUUAUUUAUUCAAAAGUGUAAUUUCCACCAAAUCAUUUGUAUUCUAUAUAUAUUGAAACUUUUCUUCGUAUAUUUACUAUUUAAUGUAAUAUAUUAAAUAGAUUUAUAUAUAUGUAUCAGGGACCGUGGGGGGCUGGGAGACCCUCUAAGGCCCCUUCUAAGAUUACAAUUUUUCACCCUAUAUUUGUGUAAUGAAAUUUACAAUUAAACAGAAGAAGAAAAAACAAAUUUUAAAGUCAAUUCUUCCUUAGGUCAACAAAGAAAAAUUUUAUUUUAGUUACUUUUUUUUAAAUAAUUACAAUUUUUCUUCUCUAAAAAACUUACAUUUAAUUCAUGAAUUAAUAUUUGAACUUGAAUGGAUUAUUAAAAAAUAUUUUGUUAAGGAUUGAAAAUUUGGGCAAGAUAUAGAGAGAACAAGAAUAGUAGGAAUCGAAAAAAUAGAUAAUUUUAUUGUAUCUAUAUUUUAAAAAAUGGAUAAAUAACCGUCUCUAUUUUGAGCGAACUUUAAUAUUUCCUUGGUGAAAAUGCUACCAACUCUCUCUCUCCCCACUUAGAGGAAAUAUAAGUCCCUAUUACUGACUGAUGGGAAGAUUGAAACAGAAUAGAACAGUGAAACAGAAUAGAAAAACAUUAUCGUUAAAUGAGAGAGGAAUAAUGUACGCAAUUUAAUUCGAAUUAUAAAGUUGUCAUGAUUCUGAUUCCUCUCCCAUGCAUUUGAUUGACCCCUGACAUGAGGGUGAGGGACACUGGAAAUGUCGCUACCCCUAGAGUGGGGGUGGAAGGAGAAAAAGCGGACUUUUGUGAAAUAUAAUUUUAAGUGUAGGCGGUCACUGAUAUGUAUUUAUAUUCAAACCUUUCUUUAAGUUCCAUUUUUCCUAUAAUGCAAUUAAAAGAACAAACUCAAUGUCUUGACUUUAAAAAAAAAAAUUAACUACAAACGAUAAUAGAGCAUUUUAAGUAACAUUAAAUAAAUAAUAAUUAAAAUUUCAUCAUUUAAAGGUGCAUCAGAAACAAGGUUGGAAAAUAUUAAAUAACAGAAAUGUAAUGAAAAAGACUUGCAUGUUGCUUUUAAUACUUAGGAAUAAUAUUUAAUAGUUAUUAUUUUAAUAAUUAUUAUGAGUUUUUUUGAUUAAUGUACUUUUAAUGAUGUUAUACUAUCUUUUUCCAAGCAUGAAUUUGUAUAUUUUUUGUGAGACUUGAUUUAAUUUUGUGGACAUUGAUUAUGGAUUUAUUUUCCUUUGCUAAAAAUUUUAUGUGGAUAGCUGUCAUUUUGUAUGAUGAAGAUGAAUAAAUAGUGGUCUUUAUUAAAGUUUUAGAAAAACAUUCUUUUACCUGCGGACUCAUCAGCAUUUUCAUUUUGGAGGUGCUUAUUUUUGAUUUGUCUUUUUUAAAAGCCCUUAAAGAAGCUUUUUUUGUUUGGGAUUUGUAAAAAGUGCUUAAUUUUCUAUAUCAAGUGAUUUUCUUCUUUGCUGUAUCUAUUUUCAUUCUAAAUUACAAAAAAAUGCAUGAUUUUCGCAAUAUUUAUUAAAAACUAGUUAUUUUAUCGUGAUUAUGCAAAGCGUUUGGAAAAUAUUUUUGAAUUUUAUUGAUUUUAUGUUUGUAAAUUAAGAACUUUAAAUGAUCGAAGAAAGUAAUUUUUAUUAAUGUACAGAUCCUAAUUACGAUUUUUUUUGAAAGGUGCUUAUUUUUUGUUGAAGAACCUGCUAAAUAUGCAAAGAAAAUCAGACAGGGUUUCCACUCCACAGGGAAAACCUGGAAAAUACAGGAAAUUUAAAAAUCACCUAAAAUAACAGGGAAACUGCAGAGAAUUUGAUUUUUUUUUUUACAAGCAGGGAAAA